AUGGAACAAGAGUGGGAUGAGGAUUCUGAAGUCAAUCAGGAUGAUGAGGAUGAUGGUGUGGGCUUUGACUUCCAUGACUUUGUCCAUCCUAUUAUUGAUUGUGCCCACUUUGUCCCAUCUAUGGAAGAGGAACCAAAUGCUGGUACUUCAAGCUCAUCUGCUGCUGGUCCUUCUUCACCACCUGACUCUCCAACAAGAGACCAAGCAGGAGGUCGGCACCUGGAUGAUGACGAGGAUGAACAGGUGACUUGGACACAUCCCACAGCAGGUCAUAUCUUGCACAAUCCACCUCAUAAGGAUCAAGAUGGCAAUGUUCGUAUGGGAGAUCCACAAGAUUUUGGUCAAGAUUAUGGUCCGUUGAUGUGCCUACAGCGGGGUGAUCGUGUGGAUAAGGAAAAGGAGAAACACACACCCAAACACCAUAACGAGUGGCUCUGA